UUUUUGUCUAACUAAUAAUUAAUUAAAUAAAAAGUGAUUGAGUUCAACGAUAGUAAACACGCUGUUUCCGAGCUCUUUCCCCAAAAUUCAUCGAUUCCAUUAUCGUCUCUUUGAUCUGAUAUUUUUUGUUUGUUCUGUCUGUAUUAAAUUACAAAAAUGAGAAAACGCAUCGUUUCUGCAUGGGGUGUAGCUCUAAUUUGCUUCAUAGUACUCAUGAUCGUAACCCCAACUAUUCCUCAGUCCCAAGAAUACCAUAAUUUCGCCGACCAACGCACCUUCUUUGGUAUUCCCAAUGCACUUAAUGUGAUAUCCAAUUUCCCUUUUCUUGUUGUUGGUCUAAUUGGACUUAUACUUUGUUACCAUGGAAAUUAUUUUAAGCUCAGCCUGCAAGGUGAAUUGUGGGGUUGGACAUGUUUCUAUCUUGGUGUGGCUGCUGUUGGAGUUGGAUCUUCAUACUAUCAUCUUAAGCCAGAUGAUGCUACCCUUGUUUGGGAUAGGUUACCUAUGACUAUUGCUUUUACGUCGAUCAUUGCAAUAUUCAUCAUUGAGAGGAUUGAUGAGAGGAAAGGAAUGAUCUCUAUUGUACCUCUAAUUUUGGCUGGAAUAAUAAGCAUUGUGUAUUGGAGGUUCUUUGAUGACCUUCGUCCCUAUGCUUUAGUUCAAUUUGUACCGUGCAUCGCCAUGCCACUCAUGGCUAUUUUGUUGCCUCCGAUGUACACUCAUUCAACUUAUUGGCUAUGGGCCGCAGGAUUUUAUCUUCUAGCUAAGGUACUAGAGGCCACCGAUGAUGUGGUAUACAAAUGGACUCAUCAUAUUGUUAGUGGUCAUACACUAAAGCACUUGUUUGCAGCAAUGGUUCCCAUUUUCUUGACAUUCAUGCUUGCAAAGAGGAGCCUGGAAGAAGAUAGGCAAAGUUUGCUUAAAACAUGGAGGAUUUCAUGGACAAAGAUUAAAGAGGGUGACUCCAGUGUUGAGAGCUUCACUUACUCAAGGGUGCAGGUUGAAGAGCCCCAGUAAUAUCUUUCUACUUACCCAAUCAAACACAAAAAAAUGCUUAUACUGGAUUACAGAAUAUCUGUGACAAUGGAUUGUGGACCAAGUUAAACAAACCACAGUAAGCUAACUUUCAUAGAACGUUAACUGUAAUUGUUUUAUAGCUUGUAUAGUUCUUGAUUUAUAUAAUAUAGUAAGGACCAUUUUAGAUCUGAAUGUGAAGUGUUGUCUAGUUCAAUAAUGGUAUUUUGCUCACCUGCUUCAUAUACUUAUAGUGCUUGUUGGCACAAGAAAUCGUCCCAACUAUUUCAAUGAGACAUUAGAAUGUGUUUACAGAACUUAUGAGCUUUAAUUGGUAAGGUAUAGAUGUUAGGACAUUCCUGAUAUGUUGCUGGGCUUUGAUUCCCAUCAAAAGCACUAGUAGCAUUGUAUGAGCAAGUGGGUCAUUUAGAGAAUGAAGUGCCUUGAUUCUUUCUUGUAAAGGUUCACCAUCAUAAUAAGAAGAGAUCAUUUAUUCCUUUGGA